CGGAAACCUUUCACGUCUCUUGUUUCUCCGGCCCACUGACAGCUUUCCCUGGGCAAAGUCGUGGAUUUCUCUUGCCCUGGGUACGGGAAGCGACUGGGCGUACUAGAUGUAACCGGCCUGGAAGGGUGAGAGCUGCGAGGGGCAUGCAGAUCACAGGGCAACAGCAGUGACGUCGGAUGUGGCCUGAGUAAAGUGCGGCGUCAAGUCGAUUUCGACUCCUGGCGGCGCCUAACUUGGGGAAUAUCAGCGGCUGGCCUCCAAGAGAGGCACGUUUCUGACGUUACGAGAAUUACAGAAGGUGUCUGCUGCAAGAACGUAUCGAGAUCAAAAUGGGAUUCAUCUUUUCAAAAUCUAUGCAUGAAAACCUAAAGAGUCAACAAGAAUUCAUGCUUAUGAACUCUCGACUUCAGCUGGAAAGACAACUCCUGAUGCAUAAUCAAAUGCGAGAGAGGCAGAUGGCUAUGCAAAUUGCUUGGACACGGGAAUUUCUCAAGUAUUUUGGAACAUUUUGUGGACUUGCAGCUGUGGGUCUAACAGUUGGGGCAAUAAAAAAGAAGAAACCUGGACUAUUCCUUCCAAUGGUUCCUUUAAGCUUUAUACUUGCCUAUCAGUAUGAUAUGGGUUAUGGAUCACUUCUACAAAGAAUGAAAGGUGAAGCAGAGCACAUACUUGACACAGACCAUGCUGUGCUAGAAAUGCCAAAAGGACCCCUUACUUUUGAAGGACUUGAAAAAGCCAGAAGAGCACAGAGCAAGUUUUUUAUUGAAAAAUAAUUUGUGCACAAAGCAGUACUAGAAAUAUCUAUUUGUAAUCAUGUUGCUGAUUAAAACAUUCUGAUCUGGA